UCCUAAUUAAUUGGGGGCAUCUGAAGCCAACCCACUUAUGUUUCCGGUGGUGUCCUCUGAACGAGAACUGAGAAGAAUGAUAGUGCCUUGUGGCGAAGGCAACAAGCGAGCGGCCGCACCAAAACAGUGAGAGAGAGCGCGCCCGGUUCAGACAGUUAGGCCGUCGUUGUCUAUGUCUCGCCGCUGUCCGGUCACCGCCGCCCAACUCUCCUCUUCUAAAACUUUGGGUGGUUAGCUUGGCUUCGCUUCGGCGAUGAGAGCGGGGCUUCGAGGUCUCUCUUUCGCCAGAUCCCGACCGGAGCCGGUUUCUCCUCCUCCGCGGUGAGCGAAGAAAGGGAGGGGAGGGAGCAAGGAUGCCGCUCGUGCGGUUCGAGGUGAGGAACGAGUACCGGCUGGGAGAUCCGGAGCUCUACCGAGGGCCCGCCAAGAAGGAGGACUCCAAGGCUCUCUUGGAUGGGGUUGCGGUCGCGGGGCUCGUUGGGGUCUUGAGGCAGCUGGGCGAUCUCGCCGAGUUUGCUGCAGAUGUUUUCCAUGACCUGCAUGAACAAGUGACAGCGACAGCUGCAAGGGGGCGUAAAAUGUUGACUCGAGUAAAGAACAUAGAAGCAGCACUUCCAUCACUUGAGCAGGCCAUUCAUGGUCAAACAAGCCACAUACAUUUUGCUUAUGUAGAAGGUUGUGUCUGGCAUGCCAAUCUCCGGAACCAGCAAAGUCACCUCCUAUAUAAUGAGUUGCCAUGCUUUAUGAUGGAUUUCUAUGAAGAAUGUCGUGAUCCACCACGUUUGUUCCUGCUUGACAAAUUUGAUAGUGCUGGUGUUGGAGCUUGUUUAAAGAGAUAUUCAGAUCCAUCCUACUUCAAGAGGGUUUGGGCUAUGUCAGAGUCAGAGAAAGGUGAACAUGCACAGAAAGAAAAGAAAGCUCGGAAGAUCAAGAGAAAAGGAUCACGUCUGAGGAAUGGAGAAGUUCAUUCAGCACAUGGAUCGCGGCACAAUGGCAGCCUAGCUAGCAGCUCACUUUUUGCAUCUCCAAGUACUGAUGCACAAAGCCUUUCAAGCCAGAAUAUAUCAGCACCUGAUAUGAGAUUAAAUUUUGAACUUUCUAGUGAAUCAAGAAUGCCUUCUGAUUCAAAGAUUUGGUUGAGCUGUGUUAAAGAAGUUUUGGAUACAAACCGUUCAAUGGGGCCUGAUGACCUAGAAUGUGAUAAAUUUUCUGAUUCUAAGUUAGAUAUGAAACACGGUGGUUCUUGUGCUUCUGUUUUACAUGAUGAACCUAAUGGAGAUGUUGGAGAAGAUAAUUCUCAACAUGAUUCUUUGCAAGGGCAAAGCAUUGACAGAUCCUCUUCUGUUACUUGGGAUGAAAAAACUGAAAUUGUUAAGGCUGCAAGUCCCAUAUCAUGUGAUGACAUAAUUGUUGAUAAGAUCCAAAAUUCAGAGUCUCUGACAGUAAACUCUGAACCACCAAAAAUGGAUCAUACCAAAGUUAAAGUCUCAAAUCAAGAGGACAUUUUGUUGGAUAUUGCUAAAGUACCAGUAUCAUUAUCUGGUGCAAACCAUGUUGAUGAAGUCACAAGUGAGACAGACAACUAUAUGGAUGCACUCAAUACACUAGAAUCUGAGACAGAGACAGAAGCGGAGUGCCAAACCAAAUGCGAAGUGAACUCAGUAUUUAACUCUAGUUCUCAAGGAAUGGAAUCUGGAACCAGAGAGAUGCUGGAGACAGCUGGGAAAAUUCCUGAUUCCGAUGAUAAUGAAACUCUGAAUGCAUCUGAUGGGCUCUUGAACCAAGAUUUGUCUCCAAAAUUUUCAAACUUUGUCUCUUCAGAUUGUCUGGACAGUAUGCAGUCACCUCACAUGACUGACUCAGCUUCAAACUCAAAAUGCUCUGUUGACAAUAAUUUUUCUGAAAAUAAUAUGAGAAUGAAUGUCUGUGAAGGCAUUGAUGGUGAUCUGUGUGCUGAUUUAAGCAUUCCUAGUUUCCAAACCAAGUGGGGCAGUGAAGCUCCAGUUGAGACAUCCAUCUCUCAACAUUCUCCUUCUGUUGAUACUGAUGACAUGUCUUCCAUUAAACUCUGGACAAAUGCUGGCCUUUUUGGAGUUGAGCCUUCAAAACCUCCAGACCUUGGUGUUCCAAAUAUUGCAAGUGAGAAUAUUGUAUCUGAUUCUAGAAGUUAUGCAUCUGAUCUUUCAAGCUCCACAGAGAGGACUAAGUUGUAUGCUAGUGGAUUAGCUUUCAAAUCAGACACUAAAGAUAUGCCAAAUGAGAGCAUAUCAAAUGUUUUCAUCUCUAUGGAGAAAAUGGCCGGGACACUAUGUAAUUUGGAUUACUCAGCCCAGUGUAAUUUAAGUGGUGAUCAAUUGUUUGUUAGAACAUGUGAUGGGGUGCAACAGAAUGAUCCAUCUAAUUGUUCCCCAUCUUGCAACACACAUGAACAUGAGGGUAGGCCUGUCGAGCAGAUAUCACCUUGUUCCCCAUCCUUUACUAGCAUUCAUGCUCACUCUGAUGAACCUGUUGUAACAAGAAACAAUGGUGUUGCUCCUAAAGCUGAGCUAUCAGCUGCUCAUAAUAUUGAAUCACAAUGUAGUGAAGCUGGCCCAAGCACAAACAUUAUCUCAUCCAGUUUUACUGGCCUUGCACAUAGAUUUCUUGCAAAUACCCUUCAAAGAAAAGCAUCACUUACAUAUGCUGAUAUUCCUAUGCCGACUGGAGUGAUGAAUGCUGAAGAAAGGAAGUCAGAUGAGAGCUGCCUUGCAGAUAACCAAAAGGAAGCACCAACUGGAGUUGUAUCUCAGGCAUCCAAUGAAAAGAAUACCAAAGAAAAGAUUGGACAUGGAUCAUUAAAAAAGUCUAUCUCUUCUACUUCAUACUACUCAGAGCAAUCCUCUCCACCACUUGAACACAUGAAGAUCUCUUUUCAUCCUUUGAAUGGCUUGGACUCCAGAUUGAAACUGGAAUUUCCCACUGGAAAUCUCCAUGAAAGCAUUGAAGAUUUGUUGUUUCCAUCAUUUCAAUUGCUUCCAGGGCCCAGUGUUCCUUUGCCAGACAGUGGCUCUGAUUCAGAUGAUGACACAUUCUGUAGAUCUUGUCCAUAUUCUUCUGAGGAUCCUCUCAGCCCUUGCUCGUAUUCAAACUCUGAGCUGUGGGAACAAGAGGAAAGAAAUGGAUGUGGAGACCAUGGUAUAUAUGGUGAUUCACGUGGAAUUUCAUCUUCAACAGCAUCCCUCUCUAGCUACAUGGGAUUUGAGCAAUUGAACCAUUCCAGCAUAGAUACAAUCAGCAGAUACGGGUAUUUGGAGGCUGAGAAGGGCACAGGGUAUUUUCAAUCUGGUUCCAUAGUGGAUCUCCCAGGUCUUGAAUCUGUUAUCUCCUUGAAAAAUCAACAAGGAAGAUUUAUUUUUUUGUCAGACGAUCCAGUGACGUCUACAUCACAAUCCCAAGAUCAGCUGCCACCACUGCCACCGCCCCCUCCAAUGCAGUGGAGAAUAAUGAAGACAUCAACUGCUUUAGGAGAGGAUAGAGAUGCUAAUACUGCGGACAGUGUUAACCAGUUGGGUGGUCUACAAACUCCAAAAUUUGCUUUCCAGCAGCAAGUACAAAGUGCACCAAAGCCACCAUGUAUCUCUGUGGUGAUUGCACCACAUCCCAAAGAGAAUACACAAGAUCAGCAGAAGCUGAAUGGGCACAAAGAGUCAAAUCAUGUUGCUAAUAACAAAGAACUGGAUUUAAGGGAAGAAUUGCUCCAUCAAAUCAGGAACAAUCAUGAUCAGCAGAAACUGAAUGAACAGAGAAAACUGGAAAAUGAGGGUACUAGCAAUAAGGAUCUUGAUGAACGGGAAGAGUUGCUUCAUCAGAUAAGGAACAAGACAUUUAAUCUGAGGCGCACCACAACAUCAAAGCCAACUGUUGUGUCACAGCCUACCACCAAUGUCAAUGUUGCUGCAAUUUUGGAGAAGGCAAAUGCGAUUCGCCAGGCAUUUGUGGGUAGUGACGAGGGUGGUGAUGAUGAUAACUGGAGUGAUGGGUGACCAUUUGACCUAACUGGAAUGCAUGUAUAUGCAUUCUUCUUCAUAUUCAGCCGAGUACCAGCUGAAGCAUGUUGUUGAAAUGUGAAUAGCAUCAGUUUCUGUAAUGUAAGUAUAGUUGGCAGGUCAUCUAAUAUCUUCUUUCUUUCUUUUUUUUCAAUUUUUUUUAUUUAAUCUUAAAUCUCAUAUCCUGGUUAAGAAAUUUGGUGCAUCCUCAUGUAUUAUCCAUCACUUUUGCCAUCAUCUGUUAAUCAGAGUGGCUGAUUAAAUAAGCAUGCCAAGCUGUCAUUAUGAUCUCUGAGGAUAGCAAGCAUCAGUUAGUAGUGGUGUCAUGAUGCAGCGGUUGCUUCUAUUUAAUCAAAAGCGAAAUCUCUGGUUUUAUA